AUGAAAGUUGGUCCCUCUCCAGGACACAGGAAGAGAGAUCAGAAGCCUGGGCUCUGGGUGCAACCUGCCUUGCUGGUCUGGUCAGCACUGGGUUCCUUCCUCUUCCUUUUCCCCACAGGUAAGCUGCUCAUGUGACAGAGAAGUUGUGGACAGGUGUGCAGAUGCCCAGGUAAUGGCUCCUGUCAGUCCUCUCUGUUGUUUGCCCCUUGAUGGCUUUUGUUGGCAACUGGGAUUAUGAGUGUGCUGGGCCCAGGGGUAACCCAUGAAAUGUGGUCCAGAUCCGGUCCAGAAUCCAAAGGUUCCACUAGGAGUCAGUCCAACAGGGCCAAGGCAGGACACAAGGCAGGAAACCAGGCAAGGACAGGUACAAGAUCUCAGGCAGGAUCUGGCAUACAGCAAUGUUGCUCCCACAACCUGGGGUGGGGUCCGACAGCCUUUUAUCUUUGUCGGGGUAAUGGCCGGUCCUGAUCCCCCAGAGACUCACCUCCCUGUUUCGCCUGAAGGCGAGCACUCCUCCUGCAAGUACUUAGGUCUCUCCUUCUCUCAGACCUUAGUGUCUGCAGCUCAGGAGAUGUCGGUGGGUUACUAGACCCAGAGGCCGCCUCAGCCUCCCCUGACCCAACUGGUAGUGGAGCAGCUGUAAGUGAUGGCCCAGCUGAAGGCAACGAGGUAAUCCUCGCAUCUGGAGCCAGGGCAGGCUCAGGCCCCUGACUCAGCCCAGCUGGUGUUUGUUGCAGGGGAACCUGUGCAGACUGGGACUCUUCAUUGUCAGGCCCCAGACUUGGUUCAGAUGAUGCCUGAGGCAAAGGAUCUGGUGCAGACUGAGACUCCUCUGGUGUCGAGUCCGAGCCUGAGUCCCAGGCCAUCACAAUGAGCAGCUAGCAGCUUCAUACUCAAGGUUGCUUGCGAAUUCUAAAAAACAAACAAACAAAAAUCAGUGCAGUUUUGAAGAGUUCAGUCCGCCAUCUUGAUUCAGAAUGGUGUCCACUUGUAUCCAAACAUAGGUUCCUUGAUCUCAGGAAGCACCCUGCAAAAGUUAUGGUAUUUUAAGAGGUGUCCUACUGCACGGAGAACAAACACAUUUCCAAAAUAUUGUUACAGGUUGGGGAGGGGGGACAAAUUCCCUUAAAUUCCUGGGUGCCAAAUCCUCCCCAUAAUUCCUGGAUUUAGUAAGGGUCAAAAUUAAUCAAGGCUUGAUUCAACUUUUCCAAGCACUGAAACAUAACUAGAUUUAAUUAUGCUAAGGAACCAAGCCAGCUCUGCAGGGGACAAAAGCCAAGGAUGGCCAUCAAGGAAACUAUCAGAGGGCAAGACUGGCAGGCAAGGGUGGGCCCUUCUUCAGGCUUAGGGUUUCAACCUUGAAUGAGGUAGGCUGGGGGGAGGUCCUUAGCAGUGAGAAGGAGAGGGAAGGGCAGACCUCUGUGUGAGCUGGGCAUGACAGGCUGGAACUAAGAGACACAGAGGAUGGCUUUUUGCUGUCUGUUGAAUCCAGUGCUGCCCUUAAGACCCAAAUCGGAUGGGAACUCUCUGCAAUCCCUCUAUCUGGACUGAGGUGGCAUAUAGGUGUAAAUAGAACCAUAUAACAUAAGGACACUGCCAUCUCUGCUGUGCCCAAUUUCUGAAGAAAACACAAAUCCUGGGUAAGUGCCUGGAACCCAUGAAAUCUCAUACUGCUAAGGAUAGCAUGUAGCAAUAUAUAACAGGGAAACAAACGAAUAAGGAUGAUAUUUGCAAAUCUUUUUAAAAGAUUCCUUAAAUCUAUAGGGCCCAAAGGCCGAGAUCACAAUACCCGCUGCCCAAACAACUCACCAUGCAAGGGGAGUUUUUUUGGGGGGGGGUGCGUUGCAGGACACUUCACAUCUAGGAUGGGAAAUUUAGAAGUUGUGGGUAUGUUGUUGUUUUUUGAAAUCCCCAAAUGCUUUUUUCACCUUUAGAUUUGGGCCAAGGUUAGUUACACUGCAUGUUAAUAGGAGAGGAUCAGGUAUCUAAUCUGCGUUGAGUGACCUUAAACAUCAUCCUCUGCACGGAAUCAUAAAAGCAGUUCUGUCCCAGAGAACCCAUCAACCACAUCACGGCUUCUGUUUAAUUGUGGAGCUCAAAAGCUGUGUUUUUUUGGUACCACAGUAUUGUUAUACACUGGCUGCACAAGUCCUGAGCCCUUUCAGCUCAGACUAAAACUGCACAUCUGUACUCUUGGGAUGGCCGAUGGUGAAGGAUGAUGGGAGCUGGAGUCCAACCACAUCUGGAGGGUUACAGGGUCCCCAUCCAUGAAUAGGCAUUUAAAACUGAUCUGUGUGGUUAGAGCAUCUGCUUUGCAUGCAGAAGGUCCCAGGUUCAAUCCCUGAUGGCAUCGCCAGGUGCGUCUGGGAAAGAACCCUGUCUGAAAAUCUAGAAGGAUGCUGCCAGUUGGUGCAAACAGUACUGAUGGACCAAGGAUCUGACCUAAGUAUAAGUCAGUUUUCUAUGGUUCUGGGUUUCUAAUGGGACUCGCUCCCAGGUACAAGUGCUCAGAAUUGCAUCUUUAAGUGUGUAUCCGGGGUGGCAUUCAAUCUGCCUUAACUUUUAUUUUCUCCAUUUCAGCCAGUGGCUCUGAGGUUGCACAGGUGCCCGUUCCAGGUGAGCUCUUGUUGCGAAAGAGAAACCAGCACUUGAAGCUGUGUCUUAUAGAUCACUGCAGAGAUCGGGGAAAGGGUUCCUAAAUGGUGCCUGGGUUGUUGCUGAAUCCUUGCCCAUUUUAGCUUCCUCCUGCAAGCCCCUCCCAUUGCGCCUAUUGGACAGUGUCCAUGAUGUAAUGGGCAGGCCUGUCCCCCGGCCAGUGGUGGCUGGUGCCCAUUUGUAGGGUGGAAGGCAGGGAGCCCAACAGUAGGUGGCGCCAGAGGCAAAUGAUUGAGUCAGAGACAAUUCAUUCCAAUUUUGUCCCUACCCUCCGUCCUGGUCAGGGCUGGAGUCAGGUGCAGAUCAGCACGAAGGUAAUAAGUCACCGAUGCCAGCGAAGUUAACUCUUCAUUCAAGUAAACUGAAAUACCGCUCAGGCCUAGAAGUCUCAGCAACCCUUUCUGGUUGGUCUUGCGCUGAUGACACAGUUGUGAGGACUGAAGGUCCCUGCCUUCCCACCCCUCUCUAAGGCUCCUCCUCUCCAGGGUUUUCCCUAUGCAGUCUCAAACUGUGUCUGCGCACAACUAGUUUCUUCUCUGCUCUUUUCAUUUCUCUGUGCGUCCUCAGAGACCAGGGAGAAGGAGUGAUGAUCGCAGCAGGAGGGGGAGAUUCCCUGGACUCUUCAGCCGCCUCUUGAUCUCACCCUUCUGCAGCCUCUGCUUUCACUUCAGAGUCUGAACUGCACUCUGCCACAGACUCUUCCUGCUCACUAAACCCUGUUGCCUCUUCAGCUUCUAAUGCCUUCCAGUCUUCUCUGCCUUCUCCCUCUGACAACUGAUUGUCGUCCCUCCACCACUCCCUAGGCUCUGAGCCUUCUCCUCUUGGGGGUUCCCUUGGGGGUUCCCCAGCUGGCGCCUCCCUCCCCUCCUUUGGAUCCAGCCAGUCCAUGACAGCCCUGCUGGGUUCCUCAAGGGCAACACUGGGACUAAGGAGGAGGAACGUGGCAGGCAAUUCUACACUGCGGACUGCAGGCAGGCAAGGGGGGGCAGGUUGAGUUUGGCAGGGUGUUGUCCCAUUUGCUCUAAUGGACCGGCCUUGUUCUCCCAGAGGUCCGGCUAGUCAAUGGGCGCAGCCGCUGCCAAGGACGCGUGGAGAUCUUCUACAACAACACCUGGGGCACGGUGUGUGACGACGACUGGGACAUCGUGGAUGCCAACGUGGUCUGCCGCCAGCUGGGCUGCGGCCAUGCCAUCGCCAUGCCGGCCACUCUCUCCUUCGGCCAGGGGCGUGGGCCCAUCUUCCUAGACAACGUGGACUGCAAAGGCAGAGAGGCAGCCCUCAGCGAGUGCAGCAGCCACGGCUGGGGCAUCCACAACUGUUACCACUAUGAGGACGUAGCUGUCACCUGUAAUGGUACAAAGGUUUGGGUCUGUCUGGUGGCAGUGGCAGGAGGGAGAGGGGUGAAGCAGGCUUAUUUACUGCAUUUAUAUCCCACCUUUUCCCCCUCCCUAGAGCUCAAGGUGGGGCACAUGGUUCUCCCAUCCUCAUUUAAUCCUCACAACAACCCUGUGAGGUAGGUUAGGCUACAGGAAGUCAGCGACUGGCCAGAGGUCACCCAGCGAGCUUCAUGGCCAAGUGUGGGCUUUUAACCCUGGUCUCUUAGGUCUUUGCCUGACACUCUAACCACUGCACCGUGCUGUCCUGCAGGGGACACCACUAAGGAACCCUGUGUAUCUUAAACAGGGUGGAGGAUAGGCUGGAUAGAAAUAUAAAAAGUUAUGACGGUAAUACAAUUGCAUGGGGAUUAAAUAUUUCAAAAGAGAAAAGGAUUAUUAUUAUUAUUAUUUAUAUACCGCCCUAUACCCAGAGGUCUCAGGGUGGUUCACUUAAAAAGAUCACAGUAUAUAAAAUAAAAAUAAAAGCAAUAACCCAAUAGUACUCCCCAAAAAAGAGCAACAUUUUAAAAGGGUAUGGGAUGUUGAUCAGGUCAACCAAAGGCUUGGUUAAAAAGGAACAUUUUUGCCUGGUGCCUAAAGGUGUAGAAUGAAGGAUACCACAUUUGUUUGACUGCUGUUUUGAUUUCUUACCUCCCCCCCACCAUGAGGUCGCAGGGUGGGUUACAGUAAUUUAAAAAUACAAUAUUAAGAUCAGUUACGGUUACAAGAAUAGGGUGGGUCCUAUAUAUGUACAAACACCCCAAUCUCUGAAUGCUGAAAGACUUCCAGGUUCAGUUUCCUUGGAAUGAAUGUCAGUGGAGACUGUGGUGUCUUUAGGAUAUAUGGUUUUAUUUACACAUAUAUACCACCUGAGCAUAGGAUGGAGGGGCUCACACUCCUCCUCUCCAGGGUCUUUCCCACGCAGUCUCAGGCUGGGUCUGCAUACAACCACCCUCUGCUCUGCCUAUUUAAUUUAUCUGCGUGUUUUAGGAGGCCAGCAGAAGGGGAGCAGUAGGAGGUUGAGAAUCCCUGGCCUCUGCUUCUGCCUUGGAGUCUGAACUGUGCUCUGCCACAGCCUCUUCCUGCUCACUAAACCCUGUUGCCUCUUCAGCUUCCAACACCACCUCCUCCCAGUCUCCUCCUCCUUCUCACCAUCCCACCUCCAAUCUUCUGGCUCUGAGCCUUCCUCCCUUGGGAGUUCCCCAGCUGGUUUCUCCCACCAUUCCUCUGCAUCCAGCCAGUCCAUGACAUUUGGACAUCAUUUCAAUGAUAUGAAAGCCCGCCUCUAAGUUGUUUACAUAAAAUAUUCAUCAGAAACUAGUGAUGAAAUCAACAUACUUUAAAGACAAGCAGAUGUUUGUUAAAAGUGAAAUAUAGAUAAAAUCAACAGUUUUAUAGAAAAAAAAACAAAUGUACCUAAUAAAAUUACAGGUGUGCCUGAAUAGAAACAUUUUUAGCUGGUAUAAGAAACAAUAAAAUGAAGGAGCCUAUUGUAACCCACCCUGAGACCUGUUAGUGAAAGGCAGAAAAUACUAAUAAAUAUUACUACUACUACUACUACUACUACUUCUAAUAGGCAGUCAAAUGUCAUCAAGCACAAUGGAUUUAUCUAAGAAAUUAAUUGAACAAGUUGACUGGCCCUGCUUAAGAGGUUGGAGGUAUACAUGUUUGCAUGCAUAGCAGAGGGCAAUCAGAUACUGUUGAUGGAGAUGAUUGACUGACGUUCAUCCUUCUGUUGGCUUGUUUGUUUUUGCAGAGCUGCUGCCCACCCAAGCAUCCAGAGGACCAAUCAGCAAAGCAGCCACCGCCUCGUUGCAAAAUGGGGAAAGUGAGUGCUUUUUGGAUUCACAUGAGAAGCUGUCCUCGGCUAGCACAAUUCGCAAUAGCAACACGAUACAUGUACACAGUGUUGCUGUUAUUCAUAUCUUAACUUAUAAUAAAAAUGUAAAGGUCUCAUCAGGCUGCAGUUCUUAUGACUGCCAACAGGUGGCGCUGCAAACUGCAGUGUGAUGAGAGGCUGUUGCUGCUACUGGUUGCCUUCCUCAUCCCUGGUUACCAGGUGCUGCAACUGCGGGAGGGGGAAUGAAGGAGAGAAACUAUUGGUCCCCUUUCUCCUGCUGUAGCAGCUGAUGCCACCAAUAAUGGGGAAACAAAGGAGAGAUAGUCCCUUAUCUUCUUGCUCCCUGCAAGGCCCUUUCCACCUGGCCUAGGGGGCAGGGCCCCCACACACCAGCCCUACUGAAGAGGCUCCUCGUGAGGCCAGAGGAGCAUCACCCGGCUAAUGUUUUAUUGAUUUAUUGAUUUAAUAUGCUGUAAACCAGGGGUAGGCAACCUAAGGCCCAUGGGCCGGAUGAGGCCCAAUCACCUUCUCAAUCCGGCACGCGGACGGUCUGGGAAUCAGCGUGUUUUUACAUGAGUAGAAUGUGUCCUUUUAUUUAAAAUGCACCUCUGGGUUAUUUGUGGGGCAUAGAAAUUUGUUCAUAUCUUUUUUCAAAAUAUAGUCUGGCCCACCACAUGGUCUGAGGGAUGGUGGACCAGCCCACAGCUGAAAAAGGUUGCUGACCCCUGCUGUAAACCGCUUUGAGAUUUUUAUUAAAAAUAUAAAGCUGUAUAGAAAUUAAAAUAAAAUAAUAAAAACCUGCUCUGCGGCCACUACUAAAAUGCAGGUUCCUUUCUUGGGUCUCCCUUAGUGGAGGCGGUUUGGAUGACCCCCGGGGUCCCUUCCAAGUCUACAAUUUGUACCCUGACUCUCCCUAUCCCUCUUCCAGGUGAUGGGAGCAUCCGGCUGGUGAGCGGCGCCAACGCUUGCCAGGGCCGGGUGGAGAUAUUCUACAAAGGGAACUGGGGCACGGUGUGUGAUGACGACUGGGGGCUGAGCGAUGCAGCUGUGGUGUGCAAGCAGGUGGGCUGCGGGCACGCCGUAGACUACAGGACCAAUGCCUACUUCGGCUACGGCACGGGGCGCAUCCUCCUCGACAACGUCAACUGCGAUGGGAGCGAGCCGCACCUCUCAGCCUGCUACAGCCUGGGCUGGGGCAUCCAUAACUGUGGUCACCACGAAGAUGCUGGUGUCAUCUGCUCAGGUGGGUGGACCCCUCAGGGCUUGGGGCAGCCGGGCAGGCGAAGGGGGCAGCCGCCCUGUGUGGGAAGUGCCAUAGCCUAGUGGAUCCAGUCCCCAGCAGAUCCAGUCCCCAGCGGCAUCCCCAGGUAGGGCUGGGUGGGGGGGGGAUCCUGCCUGAAACCGGGGGGAGCUGCCAGUCAGUGUAGACAAUACUGAGUUGGAUGUAUCUGUAGUUUGACUCCGUGUGAGGCAGCUUCCUGUGAACGCCUAGCAAUGCAUUGCAGAACCAGGGUGGAUAAAAAUCAAUUAUUUUUUUAAAAAUAAAAAAAAAUGGAUUUUUAAAAAUUUAAAUCAGAUUUUUAAAACAAAAUGCUUUUGGAUGAAAAAUAUUUCCAAAGAUUGUUGUUGUUGUUUAGUCAUUUAGUUGUGUCCGACUCUUCGUGACCCCAUGGACCAGAGCACGCCAGGCACUCCUGUCUUCCACUGCCUCCCACAGUUUGGUCAAACUCAUGCUGGUAGCUUCGAGAACACUGUCCAACCAUCUCGUCCUCUGUUGUCCCCUUUUCCUUGUGCCCUCCAUCUUUCCCAACAUCAGGGUCUUUUCCAGGGAGUCUUCUCUUCUCAUGAGGUGGCCAAAGUAUUGGAGCCUCAGCUUCAGGAUCUGUCCUUCCAGAGAGCACUCAGGGCUGAUUUCCUUCAGAAUGGAUACGUUUGAUCUUGCAGUCCAUGGGACUUUCAAGAGUCUCCUCCAGCACCAUAAUUCAAAAGCAUCAAUUCUUCGGCGAUCAGCCUUCUUUAUGGUCCUGCUCUCACUUCCAUACAUCACUACUGGGAAAACCAUACUUAAGUUACUUUAUAGUCCAAAGGCUAUUCAUCAGGAAAUAAGGAUUUGUUUUAAGUUUUUCAUGCGUGCUAAAACUCAGUCUAAUUAAAAAAAACAAAAAAAACCUUAACCACAUCAGUUAACAAACAUGGGUACAUAUGCUAUAAUGUUAUUGUUUUAGUUAAAUAAUUUUUUAAAAUUGUUAUUAAGGAAAUGAUUAUUUUUCUCCUUCCAAUAAAGUACAGCAGAAAAGUUGUCCAAAUGUAAACAGUUAACUUAUUAAACCUCACAAUAAUUUUAUAAUUAUCUAUGUUUUUCUAAUAGUAUAACCAAAUCAGUAAUUUUUGAUAUAACUGUAAAAGCUACUCUGAAAAUUUAUUAUUCCAAAAAAGAAACCUUCAUCUGGUUGUAAAUAUUAAGAUUAUACCAGCAAGAAUGAGUCUUUCUGUAAAAAAAAUAUGAUUUAAAUCAAGUCUUACUGACUAGUGACUUAAAUUGAUUUGAUUUAAAUCAAAUCCACCCUGUGCAGAACCUGGGAGAGCGCCAAGAUUUGCUCCCAUAGAGUUGGAAAGGGCCACAAGUGUCAACUAGUUUGAACCCCUGACAAUGCAGGAAUAUUUUUGCCCAAUGUGGACGUGGCGCUCGAACACACGGCAUGGAGAUAUAGAGUCUCAUGCUCUACUAGCAAGAUCUAGGGAUGGAACGAGGCCUUUCAUCUUCCCAGGGAACUCAUCCUAGGACCCACUCCUUUCCUGAGGGGAGGACGGCCUUAAAAGGGCAAUCCUCUCGGUCAGAGCCUGACACCCUGGCUCCUCGCUGCUUGUUAAACUGCUCUAUCAAGCCCUCUUCCCAGGGAACUCUGGGAAUUGUCAUUCCGUGAGGGGACUAGGGGACCGCCUAACAAUUCUCAGCACCUUUAACAAACCACAGUGUUGUGGACUGGCUGGAUGCAGAAGUGUGUGUGGGGGGGGAGUCACCAGAUUGGGAACCCCCAAGGGAACCCCAGGGGAAGAAGGCUCAGAGCCAGGGAAGUAGUGGUGGAACAACAAUGCGUGGUCAGAGGAAGAAGAGGCGAGGAGGAGGUGUCGUAAGCUGAAGAAGAAACAGGGUUUAGUGAGCAGCAAGAGGCUGGGGCAGAGAGCUGUACAGAAUCUGAGGCAGGAGAGGAGGGAGAUCAAGAGACAGAGUAGAGGCAGGCUGCUGAAGAAUCCAGGAAGUCUCCCCCUCCUGCUGUGAACAGCUCCUCUUUCCCCUGGUCUCCCAGAACAUGCAGAGGGAUGAAAAGGGCAGAGCAAUGAGAGACUAGACGAAAGAGCCUAAGAUUGCUUGGGAAAGACUUGGCAGAGGAGGAAUCUUAGGGAGUGGUGGGAAGGCAGGGGACCUUCAGUGUUUGCAACUGCCUCAUUUGAGCAAGACCUACUAGGAAGAGCUGCUGGGAAUCUCUAGGCCUGCACCGUUUGGGUUUCUUGAAUUAAACAUUAAAUUCACUGACUUGCUUUGAUUGAUGACCUAUUGUCUCUUUCCAGGUCUUGGGAUGACCACGACCACAGCUGCCACCACCUCAGUGGCUCCCAACUAUGAACAGUCAUUCACUGAUACAGCCACAGGUAAGGGAGAACCUGCUGUUGCUAAUCCCACCCACCACAAAACCCCAAAGGGGACAGUUUAUGUUCCCAUGACUUCAAAGAUACAGGAGCACACUUUUGUUAUCUGGGAAAAUGCUGGUUGUGAUCAUAGAUUGGUGGUGGGGAACUUUUGGCCUGUGGGGGCCUAGUUAGAUCCACCAUGCUUCAGAUCCUAACCCCACCCCUGUCAUAGAUGCACAAGCCAGUUCUCCACUCCAACCCCAAUCUGGUGAAAUGGGAAGAGAACCAUAUUUGACCCAUUGCUACUGGGGAGGGGGGAAACCUGAAAUGAAACUUUGCACCAUGUAGAAAUAUAGUGUUAUAGGUCUGGCGGGUCAGUCUGGAUGAUACCUGUGGGUCCCUUCCAGGCCUGUGAUCCUGUACCUAGUGAGGUUUAGAGUCUAGUAGAAGAGGCUGUUGAACCAGCUUCUUUGUAAGAUAAUGGCCUGAAUUUGGCCAGUUGAGUACUGCCAUGUACAUGUCCAAAGAGGCUGCUCUGUUGCCAUAAAGACAAAUGGCCUUUUCCCACCUCACCUGCCUGAAUGCCACCUCCUCCUAGAAUGGAGAACAACAGGCCAAGGGGGACUUUAUGUGGGGGUCGGGGAGAAAGUUUUUGAUUGCUGCUGGAAGCUGGAGAUACAUAGACAUGCCUUGAUCUGUGCUUGACCCAAAACUGUGAGUUUGGGGCUUCCCUGGAAUUGAAUGAGGAAGCAAGAUCUGGUGGGGUGUUGAUGCUACGAGCCCUUCCAUCCUUUGCUCAGAUUGUAUAUAUGUGUAAAUAAAACCAUAUACCCCAAAGACACCACCAUCUCCACUGACCUUCAUUCCAAGGAAACCAAACCCUAGGCAAGUGCAGGCACCCCCGGAGUCUCUCACUGCUUGGAGAUUGGGGUCCUGAAAGCUGCAGAUCAAUGGGGCCACUAGGGGCGCAUCAGAAGAUGGCUGACAAUAACAUCUCUCCGACCCACACGAGGUAAUUUGGAGGCUGUGAUGGGAGUAAAUAGCCUCCCUACCCCCCCAGGAUUGUGGGGGGGGACUGCCCUUGCCUGCUGUGCCCUAUACCACCCCCGUAUUUGUGGGGAUGGGGGCACUAGGCAGAAUGCCCUCCUGUGGAUUUUGGCGCUCCUGGACGCUGCCUCUGAUCCGCACCUCUAGCUGCAAGAACUUCAAAAGAAAUGAUUAGGAUGAAGCAAAUGCACAUAUUUCAAGGAAGGAGGGGGAGUAAAGACUGCUAACAGAAGAGAUCUCUGAUAAACGAGUCGGAGGAACAUGAAUCAAUCAGAUGAAGAUACACCAAGACUCGGUAUGGCAAAGGGACUGGAUGGGGGAGGGGAAAAAAAACUUUCCUUUCUUUCCUCUAUGUGAUUAAACAAGAAUCCCCCCCCCACAAGUCAGAAAUGUUGUUUGAAGGACUUAAGCUGUGGAUUUACGUCUGUGUGGAGAUAAACUUUCUAACUAAAGCAUGUUUUGAGAAGAGCGUGGAAUGUCUAAGGGCUUUGGAAUGACGCAGUUAAAAAUACCGUCGCCAUAUUGGGAAGUUCUGUUGGAGGACUUAAGUCUGGGAGGAGAAAUAGAGAAAUAGAGCUGUUUUUAUAUUGUGGGUGAAACUCCUCAGAGGGACUUAAGAGCGACAGUUCUGUGAUUAAUGAUGGAAAGAACGAUGUUAUCUAUGAAUGCAAUGAUAUAUGGAAACCAUCUCGAUUUGAGGAUUGGACGAACGGAAAAAUUCACACAGGAUUAUUAUUGGUGUUUAUCGGCUUAAGGAGAUUAUCAGAAGAGAUCAUAAAGAAAAAAGAGAAAAUAUACGAACAAGAUGAGAUGUGGAAACAGCAAGAUAAGACUGGAUAGAAUUAUGAACUUUGUUUGGACUGAUUUGGACAUUAACGCAGUAGCAAGAAGAUGAUCAGAAUCCCCCUUCGGAUCUUGAAAUAUGGGUCCCCUCAACAAGAUUUAAAAUUCGGCUUUGUAAUUCGGAAUUUAUGUGAUGUGAUUUGAUUGGCCGGUUAAUAAAAAUUAUUUUUUUAAAAAAAGAAAGAAAGCUGCAGUUCAAAUCUCUAUUAAAGGACCAGCAGGAGAGGUGCAGUUAAAAAGAUAGUCCCGGAAGCUGAGUUCAAAACACAGGGUUGCCUUCCUGCCUUGUGGCUUGACCAUCUGUGUCCAAGGGCAACUGGUAAGAUAUAAUUGGAGGCCGGAUGUUGUUGUGAUGACAGGCUAUAUCUUUUUGCAGUCACAGAUGGUCGAGAUCAGCCUUCUCCUGAGACUGAGAUGAUGGUGACCUCAGCCCUUCUCCUGCUAGAAAGAAGAAGUAAGUGUUUGCCUGCCCUUUGUCGAUGGAAAUAAAGCUUCAUCAGAGAUGUAAAAAUCUGCAAAGAAGAGAUUGAGAGAGCUGGAGGUUGAGGGGGCUGUCUCGCUGAUGGGAAGGUGUUUAUUUCAGACAAUGUGAAAACAGACCCAGGAGCAGGAAGGAUGAAGCCCUGGUGUUUCCUCUCUCAUCCCAUAACAUCCGCUUUGUGUCCAUGUAAGUGACAGGGAACCUGAGCGCUCCUGGUGUUGUUGCACUACGAUUCCCAUCAGCCCCAGCAAGUGUGGCCAGCAGACAAGGAUGAUGGGAGUUGUAGUUCAGCAACACACUUAGAGCCACAGCCCCACCCCCAAUGUCAGGUUUCUAUAGUCAAGCUUUCCCUGUUUAGGCAGCCCCUAUUUCCCGUGUCCUUGAUAAACCACUGCCCCUGUUUCCACCUCCAUACACUAUGCUGGUGUGAGUUGCUAGCGCUGAACUUGCUCCAAGUCCCGGUCCCUAUUCUCUGCAUCUCUGAAAGGGUGGGAGGAGGAGGCGGGUGCAUGUUGUCUGCUGUGCACACAGGUGUAUAAGUUUGUGCAUGGGCACUGAGGCCCCUUGCUUAGAAUCAUAGUCAUAGAGUUGAAAGUGGGGCUUGAGAGUCAUCUAGUCCAGCCCCCUGCAAUGCAGGAAUAUGCAGCUCUCCCAUACAGGCAUCGAACCUGCAACCUUGGCGUUAUUAGCACCACUCCCAUACCAACUCAGCUAUCCAGCAACUAUUGAUACAGGCUGUUUCUAAAGCAACAGAAUUCAUGAGGAUCAAGGCCCCCUUGCCGGUACUCUUGCCACUCUCUGAAAAAGUGAAACAGGGGGGAGAGGAAAACCUGGAGCCAGAAUGUCCACAAGGUCCCAAUCAAAGGAAAAGUGGAUGUGGGGGAUGCCCUGCCUUGUGACAUCAUAGAAUCACAGAAUCAUAGAGUUGUAGAGUUGCAAGGGUUCUGGUCCAAUUCCCUUGCAAUGCAGGGAUCUCUGCUAAUGUAUCCCUGGCAGAUGGCCACCCAACCUCUGCUUAAAAACCUCCAAGGAAGGAGAGUCCACUACCCUCCAUACAUCACUCCGGCCUUUUCUCCCCUUCUGUUUUCUGACCAGCAGGUGGUGGCAUACGACUAGCAAACGGGAACAGCAGUUGCCAAGGGCGGGUGGAAGUCCUGUACGGGGACUCCUGGGGGACGGUCUGUGAUGACGACUGGGACUUCCCCAACGCCCAGGUGGUCUGCCGGCAGGUGGGCUGCGGCUCGGCGGUGGUGGCCACCGUGCUGGGCUACUUCGGCUACGGCACCGGGCCCAUCCUCCUGGACAACGUGGACUGCACUGGCACAGAGACUGACCUGUCCGAUUGCUUCAACCUGGGGUGGGGGCAGCACAACUGCGGGCACCACGAAGAUGCCGGCGUCAUAUGCAGAGGUGAGAGGGUCAGGGGGCAAGGAGGGGUUGUGGUUUCAUCGUAGGGUUGGAAGCCCCCCAGCCAAAGGGUGAUCUAGUGCAACCCCCUGCUGUGCAGGAAUCACAGCUAAUGAAUCCCGGAUAAGCAGCUCUCCAAAACCUCCAGUGGAUCAGAGAAUUUUGGGAGAUAGAAAUGACCUGGUGUUAUAAAAUGUAAACAGCGCAGGUUCCCCUCGGAUGCCUCCAAGCUGUCAGUCUUUUGCAGGAGGGAGUUGUGUAUUUAUCGGAAUCUUAGUUCUGCGUGAUUAAAGGGGACCAAAGUUCUCUUGUCACCCCAGCACAACAAAUCCACAUGAAACACACACACACACACACACACACACACACAGAGCAGACUUUUUUGUGGUGUGGAAAAUGACUGAGAAAUAAUGCAUUGAAAAGUGUGGGAUGAAUGGCUGAUUAACAGCAAGACAUGUAAACAGCUCAUGAGGGAAUCAGGACAAUUGCUCCUUGUCACAGGCGCCACCUUGUAAAAAUAAAAAUAAAAAUGCAUGGUAGGAAGUUGGACUGGAAUAGAUGGCCCUUCCAACUCUCCAAUUCUCUAUGAAGUCAGUGUUUUUCUUUCUAAAUAAACUUUCAAGGUUGGGUGUUUUAUUGUCUUGUUCCACCAUUCCUCCAAGGUGCUCAAAGUGGCAUGCAUACUUCCCGCCCUAUUUUAUUCUCACAACAAUCCUGUGAGGUGGAUUAGGCUGAGAGGCUGUGACUGACUCCAAGGUCACUCAGUGACUUUCCUGGCUAAGUGGGGUCUCCCAGGUCCUAGUACAGGUCCCUGAACCCCAGUCUCCCAGGUCCUAGUACAACUCUAACCACUGCACUGCACUUCCCAGUGCCUUUCUGUGUGAUGUGUGUGGGGUGCGUGUCUCUACGCUGUUAAAUGUACCCCUUGCUUUUUCCCUGGUCCCAGGUGCAGAAGAAUCUGGAGAUCUCUUCCAAGAAGACCCUUUUGCCACCACCACAUCAACCACCACACGUCCCAAGGAUGGUAUGUGGGGCACAGGGCCUCUAGCUCCCCGCUUGCUGACUCUCAGCUGAAAUUCCUGAUGUUUGGCAGGAACAGGGCAAGACGCUGCUCUAGGUGGCUGCCUAGGGCAAGAUUUCUCAGGGGGCAGCACUAUGGUAACAGAAGAGGAAUUGUCUUUUCUGAACACUGCCUUUACGGCUGUUGCUCAGGAAGGAAUGAGCACGUCUUGCUGCAAGGCAGUGUUGCAGCAUUUCAUAGAAUCAUAGAAUUGUAGAAUUGGAAGGGACACCAAAGGUCCUCUAACCCAACCCUCCACAAUGCUGGAAUACAACCUCUGGUUUAAAACAUCCAAUGAAGCAGAGCCCACCACCUUCCGAGGGACUACUGCCAGAAAGUUUCUUCCUGAUAUUUAACUGGAAUCUCCUUUCUUGUAACUUAAAUCCAUUGGUUCAAGUCUAAUAAUAAUAAUAAUAAUAAUAAUAAUAAUAAUAAUUUAUUUGUACCCUCCCCAUCUGGCUGGGUUUCCCCAGCCACUCUGGGCAGCUUCCAACAAAGAUUAAAAAUACAUUAAAAUGUCACACAUUAAAAACUUCUCUAAACAGGGCUGCCUUCAGAUGUCUUCUAAAAGUUAGAUAGUUGUUUAUUUCCUUGACAUCUGAUGGGAGGGCGUUCCACAGGGUGAGUGCCACUACCGAGAAGGCCCUCUGCCUAGUUCCCUGUAGAUUUGCUUCUCGCAGUGAGGGAACCGCCAGAAGGCCCUCAGCGCUGGACCUCAGAGUCCAGGCAGAAUGAUGGGGGUGGAGACGCUCCUUCAGGUUUUCCUACCCUCCGGAACAGCAGAAAACAAGCUUGCUCCGUCUUCCAUGUGACAGCUCUUCAGGUAUUUGAAGAUGGCUAUCAUAUCUCCCUCUCAGUCUUCUCUUCUCCAGACUAAACAUACCCUACUCCCUCAAACAUUCCUCACAAGGCUUGGUUACCAGACCCUUCAUCAUCUUGGUCUCCCUCUCUGCCUGCCUUCUAGCUUGUCUAUGUCUUUCUUGAACUGUGGUGCCCAGAACUGGUCCCAGGCUCCAGGUGGGAUCUGACCAAGGCAGAAUAGAGCAGGAUUAUGACUUCCUGUGAUCUAGACAUUAUACGUCAGCUGAUGCAGCCUGGAAUCGCAUUAGCUGCUUUUGCUGCUGCAUCGCACUGUUAACUCAUGUUCAGCCUGGGGUCUACUAAGACCCCUGGACCCUUUUUGCAUAUAUUACUGGUAAGCCAGGUGCCCCCCCCCCCAAUCUUAUAUUUGUGCAUCUGAUUAUUCCUGCCAAAGUGCAGAACCUUACAUUUGUCCCUGAUGAAAUUCAUUUUGUUAGUUUUGGCCCAGUUCUCCAAUCAGCUAAGGUCAUCCUGAAUCCUGAUUCUGUGUUGUGCAGUAUAAGCUUUAAAAAAACACCACAGUAUUGUGAUGGAUGAGGUGCCUUUGCUUGAUCAGACAGAACAGUGGCCCACAAAAGUUGAACCCCCAGGCCUGAAAAUUACAGAGGCAUUCCCUUGCUUAGCAUUACACAUACAUAAUAAUUAAGUCACAUUCUCAGAGGGAAAGUGUGCCUGUGUUAUUCGAGCCGGAUGCCUGAUUCAGCGGGAAUAAGAGGGUACCUGCUCUCUAUCAGGCUCGCUUGAGGCUGAGUUUUUCCUGCACAAGCAUUCUUGCCACGUCCUUAAUACAGUCUGAGUAAGCAGAUUCUCCUAAUAUCCUUAAUGCACUCCGGGUAACAGGAAUCAGAAGAUUCCCUUUACGGUAGGUGGAGGAACAGAUUUGCAUAAAGAUGCUGGAGAAAUUAUUCACAGCCAGAACAGUGAACCGUCCAGAGGUGCGGUGGACAGACUCCUCCUUGGAGGAACUCUGAGCUUGUGCAGAGUGCAUUAUAAUUAUUAUUUUUUCAAAUAAAAUAUUCAUUUUAUAACACAAAUAAACAACACAAACAGGAAAACAAACAAUACAAACAGAUUCUUGUCUUAUCCUUAUUUUUUCUAAACAUAGGUGGGCUUCCCCAAGUCCCCCCUAUCUGAUUUUCAUUUUACCUCAUCUUUAGCAGUUUACAUAUAUCAUAAUUUCUAACCAUUUUUUUAUCACACUUACUUUAACCAUAAAAAUCUUCACAUUUUAUCACUUGCAAAUAAUACUGUUUUAAAAUACACUAUCUUCUAACCCUACAGCCUAAAUCCACUAUUCUAAGAUUUAAAUAUUAACAUAUUUUUUCAAGUAUUCCUUAAACUUCUUCCAAUCUUCUUCCACCGUUGCUUCUCUCUGGUCUCGGAGUCUCCCAGUCAGUUCGGCAAGUUCCAUAUAGUCCAUCAUCUUCACCUGCCAUUCUUUGAUAGUUGGUAAAUCUUGUUUCUUCCAAUUCUUCGCUAGCAAUAUUCUCGCAGCUGUUGUGGCAUACAGAAAAAAAGUAACAUUGUGCAGAGCGCAUUAUUGUCUCAGCUGAGGAGCAACAGGGAAAACUGGGUGGUGGCCGGUGGCACAGCCAUUGAGUUGGUGGGGCACAGAUUUUUUUGGGGGAGGGGCUUCACUUAAGCCUUGUGACACCCGCCCCCCUCUGUUUCCCCUAUUUGCAGGCUUCCUCCGCCUGGUCAACGGGAGCCACCGCUGCGAAGGGCGAGUGGAGAUGUUCUACCUGUCUCAGUGGGGGACAGUGUGCGACGACGCUUGGGACCUCAAGGAUGUGAAGGUGGUGUGCAGGCAGCUGGGCUGUGGGGGGGCCUUGGCUGCCUGGGGGGAGGCCCGCUACGGCCAAGGGACCGGCUACAUCUUCCUCGACAACCUCAAGUGCAAAGGUGACGAGAACUCCCUGCUGCGCUGCUCCCACAUCCGCUGGAACGUGCACAACUGUGACCACUCAGAAGACGCGGGAGCUCUCUGCAGGCUCCUGUGA